GUGUGAUCUCUUUUCUAUGAUCUGAUGUUACUGCAGAAAAACAUGGGAACAGCUGUGAUACACUUCUUCAUCCUGGGAGUCAUCUCAGGUUUAACUGAAGGAGCUGGUGUGUUGCCAGACGGUCUGAAUGCAGCUGUGGGAGGGAAAGUGAUGUUCACCACAACACUGACUCCAGGAACAUCAUUUGGAGCAGUGACCUGGAUAUUUGGUGGAAGGAAUGUAUUUUCUUUCAGUGGUAGCAACUACACUGGACCAGAGUAUGAAGGCAGGAUCACCUUCUUCAGGUCUACUGGAUCUCUGGAGCUCAGGAACCUGGCUCUAACUGACAGUGGAGGAUACACAGUUACCAUUUUAAUACCUGGAGCACCGCCACAGCCAGGGACCACAAGACUGAAUGUAUACGAGCCAGUCUCCAAUGUAAUGGUAACCUCCAGCAGCACAGAGCUGGUGGAGUUCAGCAGCUCCGUCAGUCUGUCCUGCUCCUCCUCUGGAUCCUCUCUCUCUUUCCUCUGGCUGAACAGCAGCUCUGAGGUUACAGGAAGUGACAGAGUUCAGAUCACUGAUGGAGGAUCCACUUUAACUAUAGUUAAUGUGACCCGCUACGACCAGGGACCCUUCAGGUGCCGUGUAUCUAAUCCUGUCAGUGAGGGCACCAGUGCUCCAGUAACCCUCUCCAUCUACUCACCAGUCUCCAAUGUAAUGGUAACCUCCAGCAGCACAGAGCUGGUGGAGUUCAGCUCCGUCAGUCUGUCCUGCUCCUCCUCUGGAUCCUCUCUCUCUUUCCUCUGGCUGAACAGCAGCUCUGAGGUUACAGGAAGUGCCAGAGUUCAGAUCACUGAUGGAAACUCCACUUUAACUAUAGUUAAUGUGACCCGCUACGACCAGGGACCAUUCAGCUGUCGUGUUUCUAAUCCUGUCAGUGAGGGCACCAGUGCUCCACUAAACCUCACCAUCUACUGUGAGUCACUAACCUGCAUGCUCA